AUGAUCAACGUGUUUAAGACAAUCCGAUCGCUGCCUUCGACCAACGUCUCUUUCUUGUCACGACCGUCUCAACUUGGACGCAGAGUUACCGGAGUUAGUUUCGCCACCGCUUCUGACCAGCAAAAGAUGGAUAAAAAGCCUGAAAAUCCAAACGAGAAAAUCGGUGACGUGAUGUCUCAUUCGUUUGGAGAAGGGUACGCGACGAGGGCUGAUGAUGAAGGGUUUGGAGGAAUCUAUGGAGGUAAUCAAACACUUCAAAAGGACAACGAGAUCCAUGAGAAUCACCCUGGUAAUUCAUUAAGUCCCCUACAUAUAUUCUGUAAGCAUUAA